AUGGCUUCAUUUGGCUCCUUCAAUGCUGCUGUGUGCAAUUUGCAGAAUUUGACUCGUUUAUCUAGUUUAUCUAGUUUAAAUUUUCGAUGCUAUGCCCAAGCAACUGCGAGAUCUCAAGGCUGGUCUAGUGUUUUUAAUCCAGACUUAAACAAGCAUAAAGCAGUCAAAAGGUUCAAAGAAAACCUUUUUAGAGAUGUAGAAAAUUGCUGUUCGCCUGUUGCGGGCUCGCUGGAGUUCAAAGCGCUGAACUGUUUGAUUGAUAACAACAGCAAUCGUGAUGACUUCAGGAAAAACCCACUGAUGACAUUAUAUAACCUAAUCCUUCAGCGACGCAUAAAAGAUGAUGAUAUAUACAAAGUUAUUUCCACGGUUAAAAACACCAGUGUUAUCAAUGUAUCAGUCCCCAAAUAUGAAACUACAAAAAAGGUUGGUUCGAAGAGCCAGAGACUUUACCAACCCUUUCUAAAAAUUCAUCCAGAGGAGGUGGAUCACCUGGGAAAUGUGAUCCAAGCGAGCAUUCAUGAUGAAAAGAGUUCAAACUACUUGAACAGCCCGCAAUUCAAAGGUCUUCAUGCUGCAACAGUAACGGAUACCGUGCCGGCUGAAAAGCUGGACAUCGAUAUUAAAUCAUUGAGAAAGUUUCUUGAAAAGGCAGAGAUUGAAACGAAGCAAAGAAGACAUUACGCGUGGGAAAACCAAAAACGGUACAAUUGGGAGCAAAGGCUUGCCAAUGCACAACAGCCAUCGCCAGGUAAAUUGUUGUUUGGCAGUGGAGCUGAAAGCUUUACACGAAGUAGGCAAGGCUUUUUCAAGAGUCUUUUUACUAACACUAGAUUAGGAACCCCCUUCAAUUUAGACAGUGAACCAAAAGAACUACUGAUAUACAAUUUGGAAGCAAAAUCAAAACAUUAUAUACCACCAGGAAACGAUAAUAGUAUAUUCAAUAUAAAUUACAAAGAUCUAUUCGGUGUUAUUAACAAAUGUGGGUUUCCACCUGACGAAACUCUCUCUUUGAUAAAAAAUUUCGAAACUCAAGGCUGGAAACUUGUUGGGGACCUCUAUGACAACUCCAAAAGUCUCGUGUUUCAAAGAGCAUCCUCGAAACGAGGUGCACAAAAAAUAGCAUCGGUGAACUUUAACGCUCUGUUAUGGACAUCACUCUUUUUAAUAUUAGGCUAUGGUACAUUUCAAUUUCAUGAAAAAAAAGGUUAG